UUAUUAAAUAUUUGUGUCGAAUCUGCCGCGCUGCUUCACAGUCAGCAGAGCAAGAUGGCGGCCCCUACGAAGCAGUAUGGGCUGAUCUUGCCACAGAAGAAAGGAGCUUUAAAGACAGCAACCCUGCAGAAACCCUCAGUGUUCGGGGAUGACUCAGAUGAUGAGACGUCAGUUGGGGAGAGCCUGCAGAGAGAAGCUAUCAAAAAGAAGAUGAUGAAGCAGACACGUCUUGAGAUGCAGAAGGCCCUGGAAGAGGACAGCACUGUAUAUGAUUAUGACGCUGUGUAUGAGGACAUUCAAAAACAGAGAAAUGAGACCAACAAAAAAAUUCUGGGAGGCACUGACAAAAGGCCAAAGUAUAUCCACCAGUUAAUGAAAGCAGUCGAGGACCGGAAGAAAGAACAAGAUCGAAGGGAGGAGAGGAAGAUCCAGAGGGAAAGAGAGGCAGAGGGGGAGAAGUUUGCCGAUAAAGAGGCUUACGUUACCUCCGCCUAUAAGCAGAAACUGCAGGAGCAGAAGGAGGAGCAGGAGAGAGAGAGGAGAGAGGCAGAGAUGGAAGCCGCCUUGGAUGUGAAGAAGCAAAAAGACCUGAGCGGCUUCUACCGUCACCUGUUGAAUCAGACUGUGGGAGAAGAGGCGAUACCAGAUCGCUCAGCAAACAAAACUCAAGCCUCAAAGGAUUCAAAAGACACAGAGAGGACUUCACCUGUUCCCUCACCUACAUCCCGUGACAACGCCCCAAGUUCAUGCAGCGACAGCGAGGAGGAGCGUGAGGAGAAGUCUGGGUUUAGCAAGCCAGGGGCGGGCUCUGCACACUCAAAACGCCAGUAUAGACAGAGGUCGCCUUCUUCAGGGAGCGAAGAAGAUAAGGAGAAGGAAAGACGGAGGGAGAGGGAAAGGCAUAAGAAGAGUCACAGAGAUCUAGACAGAGACAGAGGGAGGGACAGAGAUAGAGACAGAGAUAGAGAGAGGGACAGAAACAGGGCGAGGGAAAGGGAUGACAGAAAUGGAGGAAGAAGAGAUGACAGGGAUAGAAGGAAAGACAGGGACAGAGACAGGGACAGAGACAGAGACCGAGACAGAGGCAGAGAAGAUGACAGAAGUCGGGGCAGGGGGGAGACAGAGAGGGAAGACAGGCACAGCAAGAGGGAGAGGAGCCCUAAAGAGAGAGACAGGGACAAGAAUGGGGAAAGAGAGAGGAGGAGGAUUUCAGCUGAUGACGAGCGGAAGGACAAAGAUCGGGAUGAGGAGAAUCAAAGAGGAAAGGAACCCGAGAAGGAGAAGGCAGUGAAGAGGGAAGAAAAAGACCCAGAAAAGAAGAAAGACGCUGGAGCCCAGGGGAAGGAGAGAGAAGGUGAAGAGAAAGAGGAAACGGAGGAAAAGGCCAGCAAGUUUGCAAAGCGCAGCACAGAUCAGACUGUGAGCUCGGCGAGAGAGAGGUACAUGGCCAGACAGAUGGCACGCUCGGCCUGUAAGACAUAUAUCGAGAAGGAGGAGGACUGAGUGCUGUCCACACACGACGCAAACAUCUCUAAACUGCACACAACCUUUGUCUCAAUUAAGAGGAUACAGUUUAUGUUUUCAUUUUUCUUUCCCUCAAAAGAAAAGAAAAAACAA